ACUAUUCCCAAGCACAAGCCAAUAUGAUUACUGAAAAGGUAUACAAUCUCACCCAUUCACAGAAGACUCUCACCACCGCGUUCGCCGCUGCUCCACAUUCAUCGCCAGGCGAACUGGGAAAGUCUCUUUACAUAGAACAUCAUCACCAUCACAGCGCACCCAAUGCAUCUGGAGGUGUUUUAUCCACCGUGAAGGGUAUGCUUCACGGUGGUAAUGCCAACGAGCUGAAACGGAUCAUAAAGGAUGAAUAUCCUUCUCAGGAGGAUCUUGACAGGGCUGCCGAGUGUGGUCAGUUUGGAAGCAGACCAAGUGAUCUAUUUCUUAAGAUUUAUCACGAUGUGCUUUGUACGCUUGAUGCCGACCCAUGGGCUUGUUCGGUGUCACCCCCUCUUCUUGGUUCACGCGGUGUCGUGAACCUUUCUAUAAUAUCUGUGUAAGACACCCUCAUUCCGUAGUGAUACAACCUUAAUUUAUGUUUAUACAGCAUUCCAGAUAUCAUUCAGCAUCAUU